AUGGAACCAGAUAUUGUCCAGCGACUUGCCAAGUAUCGAGUCAAGUUCAAAUUCAAUCCCCUCAACGCACCCUAUUUUGGGGGUACCUGGGUGCGUGAGGUCAGGUCAGCCAAGGGGGCACUAAAGGCUGUACUUGGAGAUAGGACAGUAACAGAUGCUGUGUUACGCACCGUGCUAGUGGAGGUCGAAGGCAUCCUAAAUUCAAAACCUCUUGGAUACGCUUCAUCUGAGAUAGCCGACGUGGAUCCGGUUACUCCAAAUAUGCUCCUGAUGGGAAGACGGGAUCCGGCGCUACCAAUGGUAGUCUAUGACGAGAGCGAACUGAGGGGUCGUAGGAGUUGGCGACACAGCCAAGUGCUAGCUGAUCAAUUUUGGCGUCACUUCGUUAGGUCCUAUCUUCCUAGCCUUCAAACCCGCCAGAAGUGGCAAAGGGAAGAGGAGAACCUGUCGGAAGGAAAUGUUGUUAUGAUAGCGGAUCCUCAGCUAUCAAGGUCGCAGUGGCCAGUGGGUACUGUUACUCAAGUCUUUCCCAGUGACGACAAGCGAGUUAGGGUGGUCAACGUUCAAGUGAACAACAGAGUCUACAAGCGUCCUGUUGCCCGGCUCAUAAAACUAGCCAAGUAUGACGAAGGUGAUACUCCCGGUUUGACCAAGGUUUUACUCACCCAGAUCCCCAUUCCCUUUAGGCUCUGUGGCAUUAGGAACUGA